AUGGCCUCGGAAAAACACCUUGUUCCCCUCUUUUGUUGCAUUCUCUGCUUCACUUUAACCAAUUUCGUAUUAAAUUUUCGGUUCGUUAUUUCCGAGAAACCUGUUAUUGCCUGUGAUGUCUCUAGCAAUCCCGGACUAAAGAAUUUCAGUUUCUGUAAUGCAUCUUUGGACGUGAAAACCCGAGUGGAUGAUUUGUCUGAGGCUUUACAUGGAGUCUCAAAUACCGGGGGGCUGGACCGGCCGAUCACCAAAUUUUCAAGACUGGUCCCCGGCGCCACCAGCUUCCCUCAGGUCAUUCUCACCAGUGCAACUUUCAAUGUAUCCCUGUUUGAAUUGAUUGGAAAGGUGGUUUCUACCGAGGCCAGAGCAAUGUACAAUGUUGGAUUAGCUGGAUUAACAUUUUGGUCCCCGAACGUCAACAUUUUUCGUGACCCCAGAUGGGGACGAGGCCAGGAAACUCCAGGAGAAGACCCCAUGCAUUCAAGUAAGUAUGGUGCAGCAUAUGUAAGAGGCUUGCAACAGAGAGACGAUGGUGACAAAGAUAGACUGAAAGUUGGAGCUUGCUGUAAACACUACACCGCCUAUGAUAUAGAUAACUGGAAAGGGAUUAAUAGAUACACAUUCAAUGCUGUGGUAAAACAACAAGAUUUGGAUGAUACAUUCCAACCCCCAUUCAAGAGCUGUGUAAUUGACGGAAAUGUCGCUAGUGUGAUGUGUUCGUAUAACCAAGUUAAUGGCAAGCCAACAUGUGGUGAUCCCGACCUCUUAGCUGGUGUGAUUCGAGACCAGUGGCAAUUAAAUGGGUACAUUUCUUCCGACUGCGAUUCUCUAGAUAAGAUGUUUAAUUCCCAAAAGUACACCAAAACACCAGGGGAGACUGCUGCUUUGGCUAUAAAGUCAGGGUUGGAUCUCAACUGUGGAUCUUUCCUGGGUGAUCACACUCAAGCUGCAAUAGAUCGUGGACUACUAAAUGAAACCGACAUAAACAAAGCAAUUUCGAACAAUUUUGCCACACUGAUGAGACUGGGAUUCUUUGAUGGUGACCCGAGUAAGCAACUGUACGGAAAUCUUGGGCCGAAAGACGUGUGCACCCCGGAAAAUCAGGAGUUUGCCCGUGAAGUUGCAAGGCAAGGGAUUGUUUUGCUCAAAAAUACUGAAGGAUCACUGCCUUUCUCUCCAACUGCCAUUAAAUCCUUGGCAGUAAUAGGUCCCAAUGCUAAUGCAACCCGUACCAUGAUUGGAAAUUAUGAAGGGAUUACUUACCAUGGAUAUCUUGCAGGCUUGCCGUGUAAAUACACAACUCCUUUGCAAGGUCUAACUGCCUCAGUUGCAACUGUGUAUCAGCCGGGCUGCGCCAAUGUAUUGUGCACCACUGCUCAAGUAGAUGAAGCUAAUAAAGUAGCAGCAGCAGCUGAUGCUGUAGUUUUAAUAAUGGGUUCGGACCAAUCUAUCGAGGCAGAAAGCAAGGACAGACUCGAUAUUACACUUCCAGGGCAGCAAUCAAUUUUAGUUACAGCAGUUGCAAAUGUAUCCAAGGGGCCUGUAAUUCUUGUUAUUAUGUCUGGAGGUGGAAUGGACAUACAAUUUGCAAAAGAUGAUCCCAAAAUAACUAGCAUCCUCUGGGUCGGUUUCCCUGGUGAAGCCGGUGGAGCUGCAAUUGCUGAUGUAAUCUUUGGAUUUUACAACCCAAGUGGAAGGCUACCAAUGACAUGGUAUCCCCAGUCAUAUGUGGACAAGGUUCCUAUGACUAACAUGAACAUGAGACCAGACCCCGCCACAGGCUACCCCGGUAGAACAUAUCGCUUCUACACUGGCCCAACCGUUUUUUUAUUUGGGGAAGGACUAAGCUACUCUAAAUUCAAUCACUACCUCGUUCGAGCCCCAAAGCUCGUCUCCAUCCCCUUAGACGAGGGACAAGUUUGUCACUCUUCAAAGUGCACGUCCAUCGAUGCUGUAGAAGAAACCUGCAAGAAUAUAGCCUUCAAUAUUCAUUUGAGAGUUAAAAAUAUGGGGGAAAUGGCUGGAAGUCACACUGUUUUCUUGUUUUCGAGUCCUCCCCAAGUGCACAACGCACCUCAAAAACAUUUGUUGGGUUUUGAGAAGAUCCAUUUGACACCAAUGGCAGAAGGACUGGUUAGAUUUAAUGUAGAUGUUUGCAAGCAUUUGAGUUUGGUGGAUGAACUAGGUACUCGAAAGGUUGCAUUAGGACAGCAUGUUCUUCAUGUAGGAAGCUUGAAACAUUACUUGAAUAGAUACACUUUCAAUGCUGUGGUAACACAACAAGAUUUAGAUGAUACAUUCCAACCCCCAUUCAAGAGUUGUGUGAUUGAUGGAAAUGUUGCUGGUGUGAUGUGUUCGUAUAACCAAGUUAAUGGCAAGCCAACAUGUGGUGAUCCGGUCCUCUUAGCCGGUGUGAUUCGAGGCCAGUGGCAGUUGAAUGGGUACAUUUCUUCCGACUGCGAUUCUUUGAAAGAGAUGUUUUAUUCCCAGAAUUACACCAAAACACCAGAGGAGACUGCUGCUUUGGCUAUAAAGUUCAGGCGUGUAAUAUGUGAUUUGAAUUGGUUGGAUCUCAAUUGUGGAUCUUUCCUGAGUGAUCACACUCAAGCAGCAACAGAUCGUGGACUUCUAAAUGAAACAAACGUCAACAAAGCAAUUUCGAACAAUUUUGCCACACUGAUGAGACUGGGAUUCUUUGAUGGUGAUCCAAGCAAGCAACUGUAUGGAAAUCUAGGGCCGAAAGAUGUGUGCACCACCGCAAAUCAGGAGUUUGCCCGUGAAGUUGCACGACAAGGGACUGUUUUGCUCAAAAAUACUGAAGGAUCAUUGCCUCUAUCUCCCACUGCCAUCAAAUCCUUGGCAGUAAUAGGUCCUAAUGAUAAUGUAACCAAAACCAUGAUUGGCAAUUAUGAAGGCUUUCCCUUAGAUGAAGCUAAGAAAGUAGCAGCAGCAGCUGAUGCUGUAGUUUUAAUAAUGGGUUCGGACCAAUCUAUCGAGGCAGAAAGCAAGUACAGGCUCGAUAUUACACUUCCAGGACAGCAAUCGAUUUUAGUUACAGCGGUUACAAAUGUAUCCAAGAGUGUAAUUCUAGUUAUUAUGUCUGGCGGUGGAAUGGACAUACAAUUUGCAAAAGAUGAUCCCAAAAUAACUAGCAUCCUCUGGGUCGGUUUCCCUGGCGAAGCCGGUGGAGCUGCAAUUACUGAUGUUAUCUUUGGAUAUUACAAUUCUAGUGGAAGGAUACCAUUGACAUGGUAUCCACAGUCGUAUGUGGACAAAGUUCCUAUGACUAACAUGAACAUGAGACCAGACCCCACCACAGGCUACCCUGGUGGAACAUACCGUUUUUACACUGGUCCAACUGUUUUUUCAUUUGGGGAUGGACUAAGCUAUUCUCAAUUCAAUCACCACCUCGUUCAGGCCCCAAAGCUCAUCUCUGUCCCCUUAGACGAGGGACAUGUUUGUCACUCGUCAAACUGCAAGUCCAUCAGUGCCGUAGAGGAAACCUGCAAGAAUAUAGCCUUUAAUAUUCAUUUGAGAGUAAAAAAGGUGGGGAAAAUGGCUGGAAAUCACACUGUUUUCUUGUGUUCAAGUCCUCCCCAAGUGCACAAUGCCCCUCGGAAACACUUGUUGGGAUUUGAGAAGGUCCAUUUGACACCAAUGGCAGAAGGAUUGGUCAGAUUCAAUGUAGAUGUUUGCAAGAAUUUGAGUAUGGUGGACGAACGAGGCAAUCGAAAAGUUGCAUUAGGACAGCAUGUUCUUCAUGUAGGAAGCUUGAAACAUUACUUGAGUGUGAGGAUUUGA